GGGGGCGGGACGCAGUUUUGUGAUUGGCUGUGUUCCUAAACGCGCUGCCAGUUUUCCGUUCCUUCCAUUACUAAAAUCCGAAUCGAACAAACGGCGUUAGUCUGGAUUUUGUCUCAUCCCAACGCCUUAUUCUGAACACCUUAUGAUUUAUAACGGAAUAUUCACUUGUAUCAAAGUGCUCGUGGCUUGUGUGAGAUCCAGGCGGAGAUGUCAAGCAGUCGAAGAAGCACACAUUUCUGGAGCGAGGAGGAGACAGAUUUCCUUCUGCAAACUUUAAAGGAGAUGAACAUCGAUCGCUACAGAGACGGCCGGAAGCACCGCAACAGCCUGAUCUUCAGGAAGGUGUGCGCCAGACACAAGGAGGCAGGCUUUGCGCGUUCAUGUGAUCAGGUCAAACACCGCUGGAAGACGCUCAAGUCCAUUUAUUAUAAGGCCAAGAAACAGAACAACGGCAGCUCUAAUGCGGCAUUUAAACACUUUGACACGAUGGAGGAAAUCUUUGGACACAGACCUCUGGUUGUCAUGACAAACCAAAGCGGAGCUGACAUCGAUCUCAAAGACGGAUCGCCUCUGUCCGACAGCAAGUGCUUCACCUUCGAGGAUGCUGAAGAUGCGGAAGAUGCGGAAGAUGAUGAUGCUGAUAAUGGAGUGGAUGAUGUGGAAGGUGGAAUUCAGGAAAUCCAGUCAGUGAAAACGGAGAAUGAGCCCCUGAUCCUCACACAAGCGUCACACGAGAGCUCCACGACGUCCACGGAGAGCUCCACACCCACCCAACCCUUCAUCUCCACCCACAGCAGCACAUCCACCCAGCACAGCACUGCUCCAGGCGUGUUGAAGCGCAGAAGGCCGUGUUGCGCUGCGUUGCACAGUCAGUAUCAGGGCUUUCUGGAAAGGCUGCAGCAGUCGCAGAACGCGUGGCUGGAGCGUCAGCUGGAGCAGAGUCACGUGCGAGAGGAGCGUCUGAUCGCCCGAGUGCUCGCCGAACACACCCGAUCCAUGGAGGCCUUGGUCAACCAGCUCUUCGCAGGCUUGAGAAGCCUCCUGCCCCCGUCCCAUCCCAGUGCCGAUCCCCAGACCACGCAUACGGCCCUGGACGUCCUCAGCACACGGACUGGCGUCAGCACUGCGGAGCAGCAGUCGUCAUCGAGCGGGACUGAAUCCUGAAUCGCACACGCUGAGACUCUCAGCAGCCCUCACUGACACUCAGAGUCUUCAACACCCGACAUAUACGUCCUGACCAGCGGCCCUGGACUGGUUUGUUAAAACUAGUGAUAGUAUCAGUCCAGCACCCGUUUAACACCGGUAGGUGUUGGUAGACAUAUUAGCUUGUGUUUUUUUAACCGUUUAUUUGUGUGUAUCACAUAGAUUCAUCACAUGUUUAGUUGUGAAUUCAGAUGUGAGUCUGUGUGUAAUGUGAUUUAUCAGGAGCCAUGACAUGCUGUGUUUGUCAAAUAUGUUCUCAUGAGCCAUAUCUAUUUUUUAAAUAAACACCAAUAUAAAAUAUAUUUCAAUUGCUGGGUACAUAGUAACAUUCUUAUUUUGAGGCCAUAAGAAAAGUUACACUUUAUUUGCAGGUGUCCUUGUUACAGUGCAAUUGUACAUCCAUUAACUACAUGGGGUUAGGAUUAGCGUUUGACUUAGGGUUACUUGCAAGUAAUUAUAAAUAAUUUAUUGUUAGUAUAAUAGUAAGUACACUUUAAAAUAAAGUGUUUUGUGUGUAAUACAUCUCAGACAUCAUUGUUCAUGAAAAAAA